GACCCCAACUUGCAGCCGGGACCCGCCUCGCCCUCCACGCCUCGCCUUUCUUGCCGCGCAAGAAGGCGCGCACCGCCUUUAUCUACCGCCGCCUCCGGCCUCCCGCCCGCUCGCAGUCCAGUCCGUCCACCGCGCGCCACCACUUUCCUGUUGGCUCCCUGCGGCUUGCCUUCCACGCGUCCCGGCCGGCGGCACCAGAACCACCCGUUGCUCGCUCGCUCGCUCGCUCCGGGCCUCCGCGAGCUGGAACCGGACACCGGCCGGCCCGCGGCUCGAUCCGUCGAGCUCGACAUGGCUACUCCCCUGAUUGCUGGGUUGUCAGUGGCUGCUGCUGCGAUGAGUGGAAGAUACAUGAUUAGAGCAUGGCAAACCUUCCGAACCCGGGCAGCAAUGCCGCGAGUGCGCCGGUUCUAUCCUGGGGGAUUUCAGGGGGACAUGAACAGAAGAGAAGCCGCGUUGAUCCUUGGCGUAAGGGAACGUGCUACAAUGGACAAGAUCAAGGAGGCUCACAAGAGGGUCAUGGUAGCUAACCACCCUGAUGCUGGCGGGAGCCAUUAUGUUGCUUCGAAGAUAAAUGAGGCAAAGGACAUAGUAAUGGGAAAAAGGAAGUCUGGUGGUUCUGUCUUUUAGCUGUUACAAUUGAAAUCAUGCUCAUUUUUUGGUGACUGAGAUGAGGCUGUAACUUUUUUGAAGAAAUGACAGCAGCACGUUUUCACCCUUUUUAACAAUGCUGCACUGAUUGUACCAUAGAUCUGAAUAACUACAUGUUACAGAAUUAAAGUAACUUUUUUGUCUGGAAGUCUGGAUUAUA